AGGUAUGAGGUUAACGUUACAUAAGUCUGGUUUUUACAAUACUCUAUAUGCGAGUUGUCGAGAUAAACGGGACCUAUGUUCAGUGAGUCUGUUUCUGAUGUUACCUUUUCUAUUGAAACAGAAAUGGGGGAAGCAUGUUGGAAAAUGAUUCUUUUUCAUCACGCAGAUGUCAUACCGAAAGUCCCUUGUUACCUGUGGACCAAAAAGGUUGUCUUACUAGUAGUUAUGUCUUGUAUCGGUCGCGGUAACCGGAAUAAACAUAAGAAUUUUUCCUAGGCCUAACAGAUGAAGGAAAUAAAAUAAAAUAAAAUAGAAAAGAAAAGAAAAUCUGACAGAGACGUUUUGUAACUGAUUCGUACCACUAGAGUGACGUCACUGAUGGACGAUGCCACCUUACAGGAGGGGUGUUCUUCAUAUACAAUUAUGAUGGCUUUUUACCAGUCACUCUUUCACAUCAAAGUGGGACAACACGUGAGAGAUAUCCACCCACACAUACUGCUAGAAUAACUCUCCGUGAACACAUCCCACAGUCUCUUGUGACCUUUGUGUUCUGAGAGAGAAGGCAGCCCUACGACUACACUGUCAGGUAAGGACUUUUGACGAUGUGUACUCUAUACUUGACUUUAUCUAGAUCCACAGUCAGAUAGACAUUUCUGUCAGCUAUUCUUCUUGUUGUCCUAUGCAUGAAGUACAUUAAUACAAUACCACAUGGCAGACAGGGAAGCUACAAAACAAUCACACUAAAACAUAUAUGUCAUUUAGUAAACAGGUGUCUAUUGCUACAGGGCUAGCUAGUAGGUUAAGUUAUACCAGUAAAAAUGCCCGGCGUGCGCUAAUGAACUGGACGGGUGGGGAACACUUCCAGCACCGUGGAGAUGGCGGCGAGCUCCCGAUGGUAUGGUUACCAGGCUCGAAGUCCAGAAGAUACUAAAACAUUGACAACCCUGUGCUGUACCUUUGGGGCACAUUUUCUACAAACAUACUGACCUCAGAUGCUGUGCUUAGAAAUGCAAAAAAUUGACGGUUUUUUGACAGAGUUGGCCAUGAAAUGUAGAACUUGCAAUUUUGUAUGUUAGCGAUAUGGGAAGACAGAGGCGCACAAACUAUAGAAAUAUGAUCAUUUUUUACCUACAUAAGCUGGAUUAUCCUAUAAAAACCAGAUCAGUUUGCAUGAAAGCUGUCACAGUGUAUUCUGUAAAUUCUCACUAAAUUCCUUAUAUGUGUGCCCAUGUUUGUGACAUUCUGGCAGGACUGAAAGUAGCCUGCCAUUUCGGCUCUCCAUGGAAUGAGAUCAGAGUGGAGUGUUUCGAAUAACGUUGGAAUGCCGUAUAAUGCGGCAAAGAUCACACGUUUUUGCCAGAUUUUAGGAAUACACAUUUUUUUGUCCAUCCUCGACCUUUAUGAUCAAAUUUUCCUCUCCAAUUUUAUUGCACAUACCGAUCUAUCUCUUUUAAGCAUUGAACUUUUAAAUAUGUAUGGUCACAUGAAUAAUGCUGUUUCGGAGACAUUAAUGUGUAAAGUUUGAUGAGUCAGUCAGUUGUUAGUAGACACUUGAAGUCUGUGAAUUUGUUGCAUAAUUCAGCCCGUUUUGGGGGCUGCGAAGCACAUCUUUUUAAUGAAAUAUCAUUAUUAUUAUAUAUUAUUAGCCAGAAAUCUUUCUAAUUCAGAAUGUUAGUCCUUUCCCUUGUUCUAGUAGUAAAGUGUAUCUUUAACUUUUUCGAAAGAAAAGGGCAGGUAUAUCUGUAAUCAGUGAAUCCGGGAUAGUUAUCUACCAAGCGCUAGGUUUUUGUAUUAUUUUCGAUAUGAUUUAAAUCAUCGUAGUAAAAAAGCUUUAGAAAGCUUUUUAUUACGUUAUUUAGCUACCUAUUUUACAGAACACUUAAACGGCAUUUGUAAUUUGUUGUUAUCAUCUUUAUUAGGUGACCGAGUGACUCCCGACGAAAAUCAGAUAUACGGAGAAGUGUCGUGGGAAUAUAUUCAGAUUAGAUACGUACUAGUAUCAUAUUUCCGUGUUCUACGCGUAUUUAUGAUAAAUAACAAAAACAAAUUUACGGGUUGGUCGGCUUUUUUUUUGCACAUCUAAAUUUCUGUCAAAAGUUGCAUUAAGUUCGCAAUUUCUGUUCCGACCCAUCUGUUUGUUUUUUUGUAAACUUUUUUUUUUCGUUACGUAUACCUUUACAAAUAAAGACAUCAGACAUCGUUGUCCCUCGUGUGGACAGCACAAAGCCAUUAGUUUGAAAAUAGCGUCGAAACUUCUUUUUUUUAUUACCGCCUGACAUUAUCACCUUUUUCGCGCUUUUUUUCCCUAGGGCAAUACGUUUAAAUACGAGAUCAGUAGGUGGUACAAACGUGGACGGGGUGAGUUCGAGUCGGGGCUACCUCACCAUGAAAGCCAUCGCCCUGCUGAUCGUUUUGGCGGAGUGUUUCAGGCGGGGUGACUCGCAGUUCCCGCGCGUGUGCACCAACGAUGCCGCCCUGGACCGCAAGGAGUGCUGCCCGGUCCCGCCGGGGUUUACCGAGCCUUGCGGCGGAACCGGGCGGGGCCACUGCGCAGACAUCCCCGACCUAGUCGUGGAAGACGUCCAUUGGAAGGACGCAUACCACGUAGACGACCGUCGCCACUGGCCGACUGUCUUCUUCAACAGGACCUGUUUGUGCGAGGGCAACUUCAGUGGAUACGACUGUACAAGGUGCAGUUGGGGAUACCGCGGGCCCAGCUGUGAAACCAAACAGCAGCCGACAGUGCGCAGAAACAUCCGGGACAUCAGCACUAAGGAGAGGGCCAAGUUCCGCCGCUACAUGGACCGCGCCAAGAACACUGUCAGCGAUUUCGUCUUCGCCCUGGAGUUUAAAGAAAACAUCAAGGGAAGUCAAGACUUCGCCAAUAUUUCAGUGUAUGACUACUUCGUGGCUGUGCAUUACUACGCCAGUCGUGAAACCUUGCCACCGUCCAGUACAGGUAUCUGUGUUGAGGAGAAAGACUGUUCCCUGGACUUCGCACACGAGGGUGCGGGUUUCCCUACUUGGCACCGCGCCUUCCUACUAGAGGCCGAGCGGGCCCUGCAGGAGGUUAACGGUGACCCCGACUGGACCCUACCGUACUGGGACUGGAGCGCGGCCGAGCAGCACCAGUGCGACAUCUGCACCAACGAGUACGUCGGCACCAACGACGAGCACGGCAACCUGGACUCGGAGUCAAUCUUCGCCACCUGGCGGACCAUCUGUGAACACCAGGUUCCGUUCUACAACGACACCCAUACGAACCACACCAGACCGUGCGACGUGACCAAGCCUACCGGGCGGUUGAAGAGAAACCCCGGACACCAGGACCCGAAUAGGUUCGGGCCGUCAAUGACUCGCCUGCCCCUGGCGACCGAGGUGGACUUCGCCCUGCGCUUCCCCGUGUUCGACACGCCCCCUUACAGCAGGACCUCGAACUGCAGCUUCCGGAACCUCCUGGACGGAUUCGCAGACACCAGCACCGGCAAGUACCGGGGAGACAUAACACACGAAGAUGGUACUCUUGUUCCCGGAGCUCACACCCUGCACAACCACGUGCACCUCUACCUGAACGGCACGAUGUCGACCGGUGUCAUCACCGCAGCCAACGAUCCCAUCUUCCUCCUGCACCACUCCAACGUGGACCGCCUGUUCGAGACGUGGAUCCGCCGGCACGGGACUGCUGACUCGGCCCAGCCGGAGAGAGGUGCCCCGCCCGGCCAUAACCGCCAUGAGUACAUGGUGCCGUUCUUCCCGCCAUACAGCCACGCCGACAUGUUCAAACCGUCCACGGAGUUAGGCUACGACUACCAAGAGCUUCACGGCCAAGGAAAGCACAAAGAGAGUGACAUGGGAGAAUGCAGCGCAGCAUGGCCAGGGAGGCUUGAGUUUUGGGGAUCCGCCGGCGUCCUCCUGUUUUUUGUAGUUGUUUGUUUGCUAACUACAGCGUGUUCGAGGCUUACUUCUCCUAAAACACGGGGCCCCGUGCAACCGGCUUUAUCACAACCCCUCCUAGAGGACGUAAGGUGACGGUCUAAACACAAAACCUUUAGAAAAGGGCUGCGUACCUAAACAUAACAAGUACGUAUGCAGAUCUGUACCUGUCCUUGAACAGAACUUCCUGCCUGAGAUUUGAUGUGUAGUAUAAUUUUAGUUACGCUGUCCCUAGCUGACACUUUGGUCAGGUUUGGUGUCCGCCUGCGGCCAUGAAGUUAAGAAAUAAAAAUUUAAACAUACUUAUUUCAAAGAUUUCCCCAAUUUCAAAUUUUACUGCAUUUUAGCCUUUUUCAGAGCUAAGUUUUCGUCUUUGUGGUAAGAUUCACAUAGAAUAAGCAUGACUUAGUGUACAUUGUUCAUAUGGGUACAAUGAAGAACCGGUAUUUCGGACCUGUACCGAAUCGAUUUUCACGGUAUAGUACCGGAAUGUUUCCUUGUUGAAAACCAAGUAUUAAGUUGCAUAAUCACAUACAAAUCAAGGCUGUCUUAACAGGAACAAUCACAUAGAUGCAGAGUAGGAAAGUGUAUCUUAUUAUGUGUAUCUCUAUUUACUAAGUAUAAGGACAUGCCCAACAUAAAAAAUAAACAAAAAAACAUCCGUUCCUCAUUCAAAGUUGUUCAGAAAAACACAUCCUGGAGUUCCUGACUUUAAAUAAUGGUGAAAGGGGUAAAAAUACGUUUUAAGCCUCAUACGAAAAAUAAGGUACACAACUAAAUUUUGUGUACAUGAUUAUAUAGUAUGAAAUUUAAAGCCAUUGU